AUAAGGCUGACAUAUCCUGUGUGUGGUGUUCUCAUCAUGCUUGCUAAAUUUGCAGAUCAAGUCUCUCCUGUCACACUGGUGGUGAUGUCUCUGGAGAGAUAUGUAGCUGUGUGCUACCCACUGAGGCACUCUGCCAUCAUCACCAUCAGAAACACAGCAGUGGCUAUUAUUGUGGUUUGGACCUUCAGUUCACUAAAUAUCCUCACUCGAGUUCUGUUACUGUUAGAAUUUCCUUUUGAAGAUCUGGAGAGUCUGCAGAUGAAAGAUUUUUGUGCCAUGAACAAUAUGAUUCUUGACCCAAUGUCUGAGCAUUAUGACCAAGCCUACACUUGUUUUCUGUUUGUAUCAGCUGGUACGGUGGUCACUUCUUCUUAUAUCGGUGUGAUGAUAGCAGCCAGGUCAGCCUCCACAGACAAAGCUUCAGCCCAAAAGGCUCGUAACACACUGCUGCUUCAUCUGGUGCAGCUGGGCCUCAGUCUCGUGUCAACUAUGCACAACUCAAUGCUCAUAGCUUUUUCGAGAAUUGCAAAAAGGAUAAUAUUUGUGCGCUCCCAGACUGUUUUAUAUGUGUAUAUUUUCAUCUUCCCCAGAUGUCUGAGUUCUCUCAUUUAUGGCAUAAAAGAUCAUACCAUCAGACCUGUCCUCAUGUACCAUCUAUGUUGUCGACUGAAACUCUCAGUUGUCUCAGCCAAGGUCUCAUGUUAG